CGCCUUUCCUCCUUUUUCUCACUCCAAUUCGCACGGCCAGGUCCAGUAUGUAUGGCGACCAGCUGCAACGAGACCCACCCAGACAUAGAUACAGAGAACACCAAUGGAACCAUUACCCACUCCCGCUGAACACCCGGAUGGAGGCCACCUCCCGCAAACAAUCCUCACCCCGCUCACCCUCCAAUACCACCAACGCGUGCCUAUCCGCCACUUCCAGUUUCCCUCCCUCCCCACCUUCACCGCCGCCAAUCAGCACCUCCUCCUUGCCUCCACCCUCCACUCCCCGCUCUCCCGGCGGUACCCGCCCGCCGCCGCCUACGCCCGCGCCUUCGUAAAGAUGCUCGUGCGGAAAGCCGAGGAAUACGCCCCCGACGGGGAGGUAAAUGAGCGCGUGCUGGAGACGUAUGUCGGGCUGUUGCAGGACGGGAAUGGGGCAGGAGGGGGCGGGGUCGCGGCGUAUGCGGUCGGAGAUGGGGAGGUGGCGUAUACGAGUUAUGCCAUUCCGAUACGUGGGGAGGAAACGCCGGCAGGGAUAGACUACCUAACCCUGCGAGAAGAAACUGCUAAAAUCUCACAGGGCACCACCGGCCUCGUCACCUGGGAAGCGGCCCUGCGGUUCGGCGAGUGGUUGAUCCACACGUACAAUUCUGACAACACAUCCUCCUCAUCAAGCAUCCCGUCAAUCCCACCCAACGCCCGCAUCCUCGAACUCGGCGCCGGAACAGGCUUCCUCGGCCUUCUCCUCGCCCGCCUCGGGACCGCAGCAGCCAUAACACUCUCCGACGUCGACGACGGCGUGCUGGACCGACUGCGUGAGAACGUCGCCAUCAACAACUCCCCGUCAUCACUGGAUACCCCUCGAGUGAUACCCACAGUGGAACGACUCGACUGGACCAAUUUGAACAAAACACAUCUAGAACGCCUCGACCCAACUCAUAUCGUGUGCGCGGACGUCGUGUAUGAUCCGUUGCUUGUCGAGCCAUUGGUCGGUGUUCUGCAAGCCUUUCUUGCACUCCGGCCCUCCCCGUCACUGAAGAUAAGACCAAUACCGCGCAUUGCUUACGUCGCCCUUACACGCCGCCAACCUGCUACACGAACCCUUUUUAUGGACGCGCUGCAUGCGGCGGGGAUCUGUGUUACGACGGUGGGGCUGAGCAGUGGGGAUGAGAAGCCGCCGGAGUGGUUUUGGCAUGAGCCCGGAUGUGGGGAGGUGGAUUUGUUGGUUUUGCGAAGGGGUUAGAAUUAGAUAGAGCCGAAUGUGAUAGAAUACAAAGGCGUAGGAGUUGUAGAGAUGGAUCUGUGCCUUGGGGUGGAUCUGAGACGAGAACCUCGAACAUCUCACAGUGUGGAAAGAACGGGACACGCACCGCUCUAGGCACCGGCGUCGACUACUGAAGACGGCGACAGACGGCUCCUCGCGCUGGCGGUGCAUCUGGUAACACUCUCAGCGUACUAAAUCUCAAGCGGGCUUCCGUUUUCAUUGUUACGAUACAGGAUCUCCAUGUCAAACAUCUGCGAUUUUUCCGUGCACAUCGACGACCGAGUCGGACUCACACUCCUCGGACUCCUACACCCACGGUACCAUUGGCAACUCCCACACCCACACACAGGCCUCUCAGAUCGUCAGAGUUACCGAACCCAUAAUCCAUCCAUCCCGACGCCACUCUUCCUGGCCCCAGCAACCUUCCACAUCAUGCG